UGCUCCACAGACAGACAUGGCAGACAGAUAGCAGCGUCACCAGGUUGUACAGUCUCACCAGUUAUCAGGAUGUUUUUCUCUCGCCUGCGGUCGGCUGUGUGGAAGGCUGCGGCAGUGGUCGGAUACGCAGUCCAGUACGGCUGCAUAGCUCACUGUACACUGGAGUACGCUGCUGACUUUAUUGUCUGUUCGGGCCCGUCCAUGGAGCCGACCAUCCACACACAGGACAUCCUCAUCACCGAGAAGUUCAGCAUCAUGCUCAAGACUGUGGAGGUAGGGGAUGUUGUGAUUGCCAGGUCUCCCACCAACCCUAACAUCUUCAUCUGUAAGAGAGUAGCCGGGAUGGAGGGGGACAAAGUCUGCCUCAACCCUGGGUCAUUCAUCAAGAAAUACAGAUGGGUACCCAGAGGCCAUGUCUGGUUGGUCGGAGAUAACAUGGGGAACUCGAGCGACUCCCGAAUCUACGGACCGGUACCCUACGCACUGCUCAGGAGCAAGGUCCUCUACAAGGUUUGGCCACCAGGAGAUUCAGGCAGCCUAAGGGGCCCUCCACAGGGGAUGCUGCCUGGCCUCAGGACCAUGGGAGACACAGGCAGGUCCCAGGACAGAUGACAGACAGGCAAACGAUAGACAAGACAGUCACAUCCUAUGAAAUAACUCUCAGUAGAACAACCUACAGUACAGGCAGAUGCCCCUCUUCAGAAAUACUGUACUGUAGCAGGGUGGAGUUCCCUGCCUGCAGGGAUGGUGUCUAUUUGCCCAGUUGCUAGACUCCUUCAGACUGAGUCAACCUCAUGGCUCACCUGCAGUGGUCUGCAUCUCUACCAAACACGUCACCAUUUGAGAACAUUAACAUACCACCCCAGCCCAGUACAGGACUCCAAACAAGUGUGGCAAAGCCAUCAGUCAACAUCAGUCAACAAAGAAGAUGAAGAUGAACAAAGGAGCUUCACCUACACUCAGGGAAGGAUCAGGCCACACCAAUUUAAUUUCUUGGUUAACGGAUUCGCCUCUUCAUUUUUUUCUGAUUUGCAAAU